UAACAUGCAUACCUAAUGGACCGAUAUGUUAGAGGCUAGAGACUGCGGUAGUGCUGCAUUUUCUGGAGAUAGCUUGUGCUGUGUGUUUGUAGUUUUUUGGCAGUAUGGAAAAAGCAGGAUUUUUGUGUUUCGGGGUUGUCGUUCUGAUUUGUGCAGGGACAACUCAUGGAAUUAAAUGUUACAAGUGCAACUCUCUGACGGAGACCAACUGCAAAGAUGACUUUAAGGCAGACGAUAUUACAGUGGAGAGUUCCUGUGCCCAGUGUAUGAAGAGCAAGGCCACGGUCGGGGACAAUCAGGUGGUAGAGCGAUCGUGCAAUCUAAUAAAUCUUGGAAAAGAUGGUGAUUGUCAAGAGAAGAGCAGUGGUGGUAAUGAGGUGAACGUCUGCUUCUGUAACAGCGAUAAGUGCAAUGGAACGCCGCACAUGCGUAUUGCAUUAGCCACAGUCGUCACUUCCGUUCUUAUUGCCUUCCGCGUUCUUUAAAUGCAAUGUUUACUUUUUCAUUUUAUGUUGUGUAUAUAAUCAUAUAAGUAAUGCUUCAGAAAUGGUAUUGACUGAUUUUCUAUCACAGAAGGAUAUAUUUAAUACUCUGAAAUGAAAGAGUUUUGCAUAAUAUAUGUUCUUUAAUGUGUGUUCUUUGCAAUACAUUUAGUAAUUUCAUGCUGGAAUUAUGCAACAUUUUAUUGUGCCUUUUUGUUUAAGAAAAUGUCGCACGACUAUUCGAAAUGGUAAGUUUUUUUUUUCAACUGGAUACUUGUAUAAUUUAUUAAUUUUAUACGUGUUUAUUACUGUAAAUAUUGUACUUGAUAAAAACAUUUUAAACUGA